AUGGCUGUAGCCAUGUCUUCUCGCCGUUCCUCUGGCCCGAACACUGCUCUACAUGAAUGGAACCUCGUUACUCAAUCAUUAUGCAUCAUCUUCAUGACCUUCUUCUUUGCCUUACGGGUGUACACCCGCAAGUUCAUCCUCAACUGCUUUGGAAAGGAGGACUGGAUGUGUGCAGGUGCUUGGUUUCUCGGCACAUCAUACUCCAUUAUUGCAUUGCUCAUGGGUCAUUAUGGCGGUGGUCUACAUCAAUCUGAAGUCUCUGCCUCUGAGCUGAUCUCAUUCGACAAGACUGUAUACGUGACGAUGGUUAUGUACGGCCCGACGGCGUUCUUGACCAAGCUUUCGUUGCUAUGGAUCAUGAUCCGAGUCUUCAGCCCGUACCGCAAGGCCGUCAAGUUCAUCUACAUCCUGCUGGUGAUCAUGCUGGGAUACUACAUUCCGGCCGUCAUCGUGAAGAUUCGAAUCUGCCUGCCUAUCUCCAAGUUCUGGGACAGCUCCGUGGAGGGCUCAUGUCUGGACGAAACUUCGAUCAUCCUCGCCGACGCGGUGAUGAGUACCGUGACCGACCUGACGAUCCUCCUACUACCGUUGCCCCUCACACUCAGCCUCCAGAUGUCGGCCAGGAAGAAGAUGCGAGUGAUGGGCCUAUUGGGCGCGGGAGGGCUGGCCUGCGCAGCCAGCAUCAUCCGUCUCGUGCUGAUCAUCCUGACAAGCUCGUCCAAGGAUGGGACAUAUGCGUUUAUGCGAAUCAACAUGUUUGGAAACGCCGAGGUCGCGAUCGGAGUCAUUUGUGCCUGUCUGCCAGCCCUGUCGGCGCUGCUCUCGCGUGUCCUGCACGAGUACUCGAGCAACAAAGAGACACGCCCGUCCGGAUACGAGAUGAGUCGGAAUAAGCAUCAGCGCGGAACCGACAGUAAGAGCCACCACAGCCGGCUGCCGACGACAGUGGGGAAUGAGUCGGACCAGGACGUGCUGAUGCACCAUCCGCAGGGAGAUCCGCGGAUCGAGACCUCCAUCCAGGGCGACCGCUCGCCCCGGGGGCAGGGGUUUGCAGAGUUGGGGAUCAUGAAGACAGUGGAUGUAUCGACUUCAGUGGAGACGAUGAGAUAA